CUGGGUACAAACUCGGCAACACACGGAUGUAUCAGUCGUACCCUAUUUCGUAAAAUUUUAGAUAUCAGCAGAUUCCUCCCCUCCCCCCAAUCCGUGCAGGCAUUUAACCCGCAGGAGUCCGACCCGCCGUAUACGCUACCGUAUCGGUAGCGCAGGAAAACUGCAAAUCACAGCGGUACCUACUACAGAAUGUCGGAAAACGAUUACGACUCGAAACGUCACUGCAAACUGACCGAGGCAGCGCAAAAGCAGAUGAAUUCCCCAACGGCCUAUCAAGAGUUUAACUUCCAUUGCAAAAAGCUGCAGGAACUUUUCUACGAUGUCCUCGGUGCUCACAACGAGAGCUCGGCCUUGUGUGAAGGUUAUGAAAAACUAUCUUCCAAAUGCCAAGCAUUAGAAACGAGGAACGAUCAGCUCGCUGAACAAUUAAGGAACUGCGAACAUAAACUUAUGCGGGAGAGGGAAGCAGCAGAGAAGUCUGCUUGCAAGACACUCAAGGAUGUGGAUGUUUCACUGAAUGACCUGCUUCAAGAGCUCGGGGUGGAAUUUGACACUGACGCGAGCCCCAUUGAAAAGGUAGGAUACGUCAAAGAAACCUUCACAGCGUACCAAAAGGAGAUCAAUAAUCGCAACGACGACAUCGAGGAGCUUGAGGAUCAACUCCGCGAAGAGAGGCGUCGCGCUACGAAAGAUGAACAACACGCUCAACUAAUGGACGGCCUGUUGACUAGUAGUGGGGAAAAAGACGGAGAAAUCUCGAACCUUCGAAAACAGGUUGCACAUAUGGAACGCAAGCUACAAGAAACGCGAUGUUUCACCGAGGAACUGAGGGCGUACAAGGAAGACGUCGAAAGGUACCGAGACGCGUACGCCCGUGCUGUGGCCGAGAAAGAUUUACUGGUAAAGAAGUACGACGACGAACAGCAGAAGUGGAGCGUCGAGGCCAUUCGAAUGCAAGAUGAAAUCGAGAAUGCGAAGCAGAAGAAUGCUGAAACUGCCACGUUUGGAAUAUACAAGAGCAAGAAACAGGCGCGAAUAGAGGAGCUCGAACGUAAUUUGGAGUUUAAGACUGAAGACUAUAAACGGCUGAGCCUUCAGUUCGGACGUUACAGAUCAGAAAAAGAGAAAGAAUUAUUGUCAAACGAAGAAGAAAUCGCCACGCUGAAGCAGACUUGUGACUCUCUGCGAAUGUGCAAAAGAGAGGAAAUGUCUGGUGCGGAUGCUGCGAAAAUGAAAAACAUCUACGACAUCCUGACAGAGAAGGAAGCGCAGGUGAUUGAACUGAAAUCUCAGAAACAAAAGCUGCAGGAACAGUACACUGAUGAGUCGGCGCACUGGCAGAGGGUAGUUGAUGCCGAAAGAGGCGCCCUUGCAGACUUGCAGGAAAGGCACGCAGCACUGCUAAAAGAUCACGAUGACCAACUCAAAGCCAAGGAAGCAUAUAUCCUCCAUUUAAGAGAAGAACUGCGGCAUUACAAGCUGCUGUAUGAGACCAUGGUGGCAGGUAUGACAGGCACUGGAAUGCAGCAUCCUGUUGAGCCAACAGAGCAGCCCACCCACCCAGUGCAGGCACGCCGGGGACGCAGUACCUUCGAUCUCAGGACCACAGGAAUACCACCGCAUCAGGUAAGGCUUCGACAGUAUACUGGUCGUCAUUCAACGAUAAACAUAUCAUUGCUCCCACUAAACACACUAGAAACGUCAGUCGCGAUUAUUUGUUCAGGUCUAAGAACAUUGUUUGGCGUACAACCCUCCACGAACAAAAGUGGAGAGUCAAUAGGGGGGGGGGGGGGGGGGGGCUUGCCUUGCGCUGCCCCUAGCACUGAGUUGCCACAGUUUACCCCAAGUUGGAAUUGAUACGUAUAAAAGACAGCCGUCUGCCAUAGAUGUGAAUCUACAGAUACAGAACCUGGCAUCAAGGCUGGGCGCUGUGCCAGGGUAGUCACGGACUUCUGCGGACAGCAGCUCUGGGGAGAGCACAGAGAGGCUACGUGCUUCUGAGCACUAUUAGGAAUAGACGAGACUUUUGUGCACCCUGAUGACAUCGCUAGGAGCUGCUGCAUGCCCAGGGGAUUGUACCGUGUUACACCCUGUUAGUUUCAAUUUACAACAUCCCAGGAAUAAAGCUAUGAGUGAAAAACACCGUCUUCCUUCUGGUACAGCGCCGUUAAAUUUAGCUUCGUCUGCAAACUCACGAAGUGCGGCUCACCCAUGCCUCUCCAAUAGAAAGGCUGUGGCUCCUUCACAUGUAGCGCCAUACGCAGCUGAACCCCUUUUGUGCCGAUGGAUUACGCUUUCAUAGCCGACCUUGCUUUGCUUUCUUUUUUUGUCUUUUUUUUUUUUUUUUUUUGAGAGAGAGAGCUCUAUUAUUAGUGUUGCAAAGAGUCUUCAGGUUCGAUCUGCAGAGCUCUAGCGCGGGAUUAACCGCGCUAUUUCGAUUUUCUUUCUUAUCCUUCUCGUUGUCUCCUGUGCCUAUAUCGCAUGUUUUCACAUUUGGAUGGUCUUUUCUUGUUGCCAUAUGCAGUUUGUUCUGCUGAACGAGUCUGCGUAGUGAACUGGGUCGUCCAUGUAGCGUGAUCUGUGGACUGAUCUGCGUGACAGCCAAAACGCUGAAUGGUGAAAGGAAUGCAAAAUUAAAAGAUAGAAAGAAAACAC